CCAGGAGGGGAGGGUUUGUUUUCGUAAUAUACCCUCUUUCCUCGCUGUUUCACCCCCGAGUCUUCAACAAACACAAGCCCCCAGGCCGCAACUCUCUUUCUUCUCCUCUCGCAUUUUUUCUUCCUGGUCAUUUUCUUACUUCACUGUUUUGAGUCAAAGAAAUGGCAGAGGAGAAGAAGGCCCAAGCUGCUGGUGUCUGGCCAAAGGUUAAGCCUUUUGUCAAUGGAGGUGCCUCUGGUAUGCUUGCCACCUGUGUCAUCCAACCCAUCGACAUGAUCAAGGUGAGAAUCCAACUGGGCCAGGGAUCGGCAGCAACUGUCACCAAGAACAUGCUUAGAGAGGAGGGUGUUGGUGCCUUUUACAAGGGGCUAUCAGCUGGAUUGCUCAGGCAAGCUACAUACACUACUGCUCGACUUGGAUCAUUCAAAAUGUUGACAAACAAAGCAAUUGAAGCCAAUGAUGGGAAGCCCCUACCACUGUAUCAGAAGGCUUUGUGUGGUCUGACUGCUGGUGCUAUUGGAGCCUGUGUUGGCAGCCCAGCUGAUUUGGCACUUAUCCGUAUGCAGGCUGAUGCCACUUUGCCUGCUGCUCAGCGCCGAAAUUACUCGAAUGCAUUCCAUGCUCUCUAUCGUAUUGUUGCUGAUGAAGGGGUUUUGGCACUUUGGAAAGGUGCAGGCCCUACCGUAGUUAGAGCCAUGGCAUUGAACAUGGGAAUGCUUGCCUCUUAUGAUCAAAGUGUUGAGUUUUUCAAGGAUUCCCUUGGCUUAGGAGAAGCUGCUACAGUGCUAGGUGCAAGUACCGUUUCAGGAUUUUUCGCUUCAGCUUGCAGUUUACCUUUUGAUUAUGUCAAAACACAAAUUCAGAAAAUGCAACCUGAUGCUGAGGGAAAGUAUCCAUACAGUGGCUCUUUGGACUGUACCAUGAAAACCUUCAAGUCUGGAGGACCAUUCAAAUUUUACACAGGAUUCCCCGUAUAUUGUGUUAGAAUUGCUCCACAUGUCAUGAUGACUUGGAUAUUCCUCAACCAGAUUCAGAAGGCACAGAAAAGCAUAGGGUUGUAGAGUUCUCAGAGAUGGGAAUUAUUGUUGGAGUCCAUGAAUUAAAUAAAAUCUUUAUUUUUGGUUUUGUUGUAUUCUUUUUUGCUAGUUCUGGCAAAUUCCACACAUCCUCAAAGUCAAACCAUUUUGUUUACAAAUUUUGAAGUGCAUUUGAAGUAGGAUCUUCAAAGUUAUCUUUAGUUUGUCCUAGUAAAGUUUAGGGUGUGGCCGAAACCGGAGUCAACAAGUACCAAUUGAAACCGAGAGUUACUGAUUUGGGAGUUCACAAGGAACAAAUACUUCUUAAGUAAAAUAAAUGUACUCUAUAAACAGGUAUUGGGGAUUCUUCCUGAUUGAUAACCAAGUUCAAUGCAUUGAAUCUUUAUACUAUGCAUCUUUUCCAUUUUUUA